AUGGAUGACCUGGAGUCGCUGGAGCUGUUUUCGCUCGUGUCGCGAGUGACGAACGAGCUCCAGAACUACCUAGGCAUUAACGACAAGACGCUGGCGGAAUUCGUGAUCGACCAGCAUCUCAAAUGCAAUGGCUCGUUUCCUGACUUUAAGAAAAUUCUUGAUGAAAUGGGUGCCGAGUUCCCGCAGAGUCUGAUGGAGAGUGUCGACCGGUUGGUGCUCACGAUGCACCCGAAAUACAAAGGGAAGAAACAGGAAAACGGGGACUCGGGUGGCGGUCACGAUAAUACGAUGGAUGAGUUGGACGCUCUGGAAAAGAAGUCUCGCGUGUUCAAGGGCCUUGCGGUCCCAGAUAGAGGCCGGCGCUGGGAGGAAGAUGACUACCUGGAUCGUCCAGCCGACAACAAGACUGACGCGCAAGCCGGCGCUAUGGACGACACAUUUGCCAUGCUUGAAGGGCUGGCCGGCAAGGCCAAAGACGAUAAGCCACGCACUUCGCGAGACGACCGCAGCCACAGGAAACGAAGUCGCAGCCCCGAAUACGAUGACCACGACCGCGGACACCGUCAUAGAGGCAGAUACCGCUCAAGAUCGCGCAGCACACACCGCCGCAGCAAGAACGACGAUUUUAUUGAUGAGUUUGGAAGAUCGAUUGGCAAAUAUGGUGACCGUGACGGCGAGCGCAUUGGCCAAAACGACCGCCGCAGACGCCGGGACCGCGAUGAAGACGAGGACUUCCGCCAGCCCCUCCUGUCGAAUUGGACGAUGAACCAGUUCUUUACAAGAUCUACGAUGGACAAGUGA